CCGAAUACUGCCGGAGAGACCCAAGCUCGGGCGGAGAGGCGUAGGCUAGCCGGAAGCAGAGCCGAGAGCGGCCGGAAGGAGCCGAGCCCUCCCGAAGAGGGCUGAGCGCAACCGUGCGUUGGGGCCGGGCCCACGCCAAGCCAUGGCGGCGGAGGGGACAGCCGUGGCCAGGGGCGGGGCUGUCGGGGGCUGCCCGGCUAGCGACACCUUGAAGCUGUGCAAGUGCUCGAACGCAGCCCCGAUCCGGCGGCGCACCUCUUCGCUGUCCCAGGAGGCCGAGCGCCGAGCCUACCAGUGGUGCCGGGAGUACUUGGGCGGGGCCUGGCGCCGGGUGCGACCGGAGGAGCUGAGGGUUGACCCUGUGAGCGGGGGCCUCAGUAACCUGCUCUUCCGCUGCGCGCUGCCGGACCACCUGCCCAGUGUCGGCGAGGAGCCCCGGCAGGUGCUGCUUCGGCUGUACGGGGCCAUCCUGCAGGGCGUGGACUCCUUGGUCCUCGAAAGCGUGAUGUUCGCCAUCCUGGCCGAGCGGGCGCUGGGGCCUCAGCUCUAUGGCGUGUUCCCCGAGGGCCGGCUGGAGCAGUACCUCCCAAGCCGGCCGCUGAACACCCACGAGCUGCGUGAGCCAGUGCUGUCAGCAGCCAUUGCCACCAAGAUGGCCCAGUUCCACGGGAUGGAGAUGCCUUUCACCAAGGAACCUCGCUGGCUGUUUGGGACCAUGGAGCGGUACCUGAAGCAGAUCCAGGACCUGCCCCCUACAGGUCUCCCCCAGAUGAACCUGCUAGAGGUGUAUAGCCUGAGGGAGGAGAUGGCCAACCUCAGGAAGUUGCUGGACUCUACCCCAUCACCAGUGGUUUUCUGCCACAAUGACAUCCAGGAAGGGAACAUCUUGCUGCUCUCAGAGCCAGAAAAUGCAGACAGUCUUAUGCUGGUGGACUUUGAGUACAGCAGUUACAACUACAGGGGUUUUGAUAUUGGGAACCAUUUCUGUGAGUGGGUGUAUGAUUACACACAUGAGGAGUGGCCUUUCUACAAAGCGAAGCCAGCCGAUUACCCCACCCGGGGACAGCAGCUCCAUUUUAUUCGUCAUUAUCUGGCCGAGGUAAAGAAAGGUGAGACACCUUCUCCAGAGGAACAAAGGAAGCUGGAAGAAGACUUGCUGGUGGAGGUCUCUCGGUAUGCCCUGGCUUCUCAUUUCUUCUGGGGUCUCUGGUCCAUUCUCCAGGCAUCCAUGUCCACCAUAGAAUUUGGUUACUUGGAGUACGCCCAGUCCCGAUUCCAGUUCUACUUCCAGCAGAAGAGGCAGCUGAACAGCCUCCACCCCAAGUCCUGAUGGCCCCGCUUAGGGUUUCUCGAAGCCUCCAGGGCAGGACCUUGGAGGGAGG